CGAUCCACAUCGCUAGCGCACGAUGGCAAACUAACGUGCUCUCCGUAUUAUUCCGAGUGACGCAGCUGUACGACCGAUCGCACAACGUGUGCGCGCCGGAUGGCCGUUAAUUGUUUUUGAAUUUUUCGGGAGUUUUCCAAGAUAGGACCAGUAUUACACGAUCAGUUACGAUGCCAUCAGCCGUUCAAGCAGUUCAAGCAGCCAAAAGCGCGCUCCGCAAAACGGUGCAAGGGAAGUUGGCCUUAGUGUCUCGAGACGAAAAGAAAAUUCAAUCGGAGAAAGUACUUACAAAGUUAUUUAAAUUGCCUGCGUUCGUCCGUAGUCAACGGGUUUCCGUCUAUCUUAGUACCGAAGAUGAAAUAUCAACGGAACCAAUUAUUAGACGCAUUUUCGAAAGUAGAAAAGCAUGCUAUGUUCCUAGAUACCACAAGAACCAAAUGGAAAUGGUUAAAUUACAUUCAAUGGAAGAUUGGGAAACGCUGCCUCUUACAAAAUGGAAUAUAAAGCAACCACGCUUGGCGGAGCAACGGGAAAAUGCUCUGGAUACAGGAGGACUGGAUUUGGUAAUAGUGCCCGGAGUGGCCUUUACGGCUGAUGGUGACAGAAUGGGACAUGGAAAAGGCUAUUACGACACGUUUUUAAGACACCUUUAUGACACACAGUCAAAACCACCAAUCACAGUCGCCCUAGCAUUCAAGGAGCAAGUUUUAAAUGAAGUCCCGCUACAAGAGCACGAUGUCAAAAUCGAUUUAAUUUUGUACAUUGAUCGACCUGAAAACGAACCCUAGUAGAUGUAAUUUUUUCUCUUCA